AUGGCACAGCAGGGAGGCACUUAUCGCAGCACCCAAGAGGAAAAGCCGUCCGUCAAGGAGAGAUCCAGCCCCCAUCCUCCAACGCAAAGUCGAUGCGACGAAAGGGAGGGGAGCGAGGAGGAUUGGGAACUUGUCAAGAAUCCUAAAGAUGAACCACCAGAGCGACAGAUUCGAGGCUUCCAUAGUAGCUUUGACCUGCAGCUUGGUUGGGGCAAAUGGAAGUUUAGCGCUUUGAGUUGGGAGGUGAACGCUGGGAGUCAGCAGUGUGAUCAUCACCAGCGGCAGGAUACUGGCCGGAAUUCGGUCGCAGAUGGGGGAAAGGAGGAUGAUAGUGGGAAGCGAUGA